AAUAUUACUCUCUUUUUAACGUUGGUCACUGCUCGGCUCGUGAGUCUGUCGUCUGUCCGAAUAUAUUGACCUCAUAUCGCUUGUCUCAUUCGUUUUCUCUCUCUCUCCCAAGCAAUAAAGUAAUCUAUAAUUUCAAGCGACAUAUACAUUGAAGCACUUUAUACUAAAUAAUUGAUCAUAUGUAUAUUUUUUUUUAUGUAUAGCAAUGUAUAAUAUAUGUAAGCUCUAAAAAUACGUACUGCAGUACUGUAUAUGUACCUUAUAUUUCAUGUGAUCAUGAUGACUUGGCAUAGAGGAGAUAUAGUAAUCGACAAAAAAUUCGUAAAUAGCAAGAAAGUGUCAAGCAGAAGCGGACAACUGCCAUUUUUCGAGCCAAAAUAAAAUAUUAUGGCAUCCUAAAAACAUAAUAGUAUGGCGCCACAUAAUAGAUCGAUUACUCACAUCCCCCAAAUAUUGAAAAAUAAUAUAUGGUACAAAACAAAUUGAGUGUCUACCUCCACAUCUUACAAUAACUUUCUUGAGCCAAAUAAAUAUAAACAAGUGAUUUAACACAAAUUCAAUUUUAAUCUAAAAUAAAAUCAAAUAACCAAACACAACAAAAUACAUCCCUAUACAACAAGCAGACCAAAACCAACUAAUUACAUGUGAGUAAGGGUAUAUUAUGUAAUUUAAAGCUCACUUUGAGGUAGCUUCUUAAUUAUAUUGCAAAACACUCUCUACUCUUCACUUCAGCGUAUUUUUAAUUUCUAUAAAAGCUAUAAAGGAUAACCUAUUGUAAACACAAUUGUGUUUCUAUUCCUUCAAACACUGUACACAAUAGCAACAACAACAUGGUCGCAAAAAUAUCAGUGAGAAUGCUCCUCUUUCUGCUGUUAAUCCAAGUACACCAGCCACCAAAAUCAAGAUGCCAAACAGAGGUUCCAAGCCAAAGCCAAGAAAAAGAACCUUGAGUCUACUAAGAAAAUUAUUGGAUCUAACUCACCUUAACAAAACUGGCUUGUUAAAAGAGAAUUUCUCACUUUAUUAAAUAGAUCGAGUAUAUAUCACCAGUAAAUGUGGACUCUAAUACGUUCCCUCCCGCACAACAUGAACCAUAUUGUCAAACAAUUAUGAAUAAAUCGACAUUGGCGACAUCCAACAUUACCAAAUUAUGCCCUCUCUGAUACCAUGUUAGAAUAUUAACAUUGCAAUAUCAGUUGGUUGUUAGGAUUAGUUACACAACCUCUUUCUGUUAUAUUGUUACACCUGUAACCUUAUCUUUUCUUGGCUACUAAGUGCUAUAUAAACUCAAUCCCUCAUUUGUAUUCAAUUAGACAAUCAGAGCAAUAAUAAUUCUCUUCCUCUGUUUUCUCUCUCUCUCUCUCUAUAAUUCUCAUAUGGUAUCAGAAGACACCUUGCCCACCGCUUCCAUGGCAAGGCCCACAACUCGAUCACAAGAUGGUGCUCCUCCAUCAAUGGCUGAUCAAACAAUAGCUGAGAUCAAUUCUGAUCAUCCUCCAGCUCCCAAUCACAAUUCCUCAGCAGUUCCUCGGCGACAUCAACAGGUUUCUAACCAGAAUCAAGAACCUGAUCUGGUUCCAAAUCAAGAAACCUCCGCCACUGCUGCAGAUAACAAUACAAUAAUUCCUGCUGUUCGCGAUCUCACCGAAGAUCACUCAAGCCCGUUCUUCCUAAGCACGGGAGAUCAUCCUGGUUUGGUCCUUGUUUUGACUGUCCUCACUGGAACUAAUUACCAAGCAUGGAAAAGAGGGAUAACGAUGGCUUUGACUGCCAAGAACAAGAUCGCAUUCAUCAAUGGCAGUCUCCCUCGACCUGAAACUAGUAAUUUUUCCCUUAAUUCUUGGCUUCGUUGUAACAACAUGGUUAUGUCCUGGUUAGUGAAUUCUGUUUCUCCUGAAAUAGCUCAAUCGAUCAUGUAUUUUGACCUAGCCACUGACAUGUGGAAUGAUCUGGCCGAUCGUUUCAAUGAGGGAAAUGGUCCUCGCAUUUUCCAACUCCAAACCCAAUUAACCCGAUUACAACAGGGUGAUCUUUCUGUUUCAUCAUACUUCACAAAACUUAAGUCCAUUUGGGAUGAGUUGAAAGAAUUUCAACCCAUUACCUCUUGCACUUGUGGAGCCAUGAAUUUUUUUUUUUUGGAUUACUAUAACCAAAACCGAGUUCUUCAGUUUUUAACUGGUUUAAAUGAGUCUUUCGCUUCAGUUCGAGCUCAAAUUUUGCUCAAUGAACCACUCCCCAAUUUGUCUCGAGUCUUUGCCAUGAUAAUCCAAGAAGAACGCCAAAGGUCUCUUGGUUCUGUGGAAGUCCCUUUAGCUGUUGCUUCCAGCUCUAAUAAUCCACCAAGAAACAAGAAACCACGCCCUUCUUGCUCGAAUUGUGGCAAACCUGGUCACUUGGUCGACAAAUGUUAUUUUCUACAUGGGUUUCCCCCCGGUUAUGGUGACAAAAAGAAGCAAGAAAAGAACAAAGGCAAAGCCAAUCUUGCUUCCUGCACCAAUGAAAAAUCUGAUGCAGAGACUUCCUCACUCAACAAUGAUAUCUCCACCAGAUGCCAACAAUUGAUUUCAUUGCUCAGCCAACAACUCAGCAAUAAUACCAAUCCUGAACCUACUGUCAUCACACCAGCUGCAUCAAAUUUUGCAGGAUCCUAUCCGGAAUGUGGUGAUUGGAAUUGCUAGAAAGCAUGGAAAACUUAACCUGCUGCAACAAAGCUACCCUACUGCUGCAACUUUUUCUGUUGUUUCUUUCAAAAAUAAAACUGUAAACCAAUGGCACAAUCGCCUUGGUCAUCCAUCUUUGUCAAUUACAAACUUGUUCAAUAAAGAGAAUAAUAUUUCAUCUC